CUUCAAAUUGUCGGAAUUGCGUGGACGGAUCGAUCAGUGGAACGCGAACGUUCGCGCGUCGAUCGUCUCGCUGAGCGGAUCGUGAUUUGUGGAAAUUUACCAAUCUACCUUUUGCAAGAGAUCGCGCUGAAAUGACAUUGAGUGUUCCUUGGACGAGGUGGAGGAUGUAUCUGGCGCUCGUCCUGAUAUAUCAGACGGCGCGACGAGUCGAAGGUCACCCUCGCGCUUUGACGAAGACGUCGCAGAACACCAGAAAUCCCUGGACGCAAGAGACCUCGAUCUCGAAGUUGAUCGAGGAGGCGUUUGAUAGACUGGAAUUACUGCGACCGGAACAAUGGCCGCAGCAGACCAAGGAUCACCUGGUGACCAGAUCGUUGGAUCGGGAUACCUCGAGACAAUCGGAGUAUUUGAACGACGGGAUCUCUACGCCUGGAGAGAGGAGAUUGGAAGUGGCGAGCACGGACGCGUCGAUGCAGAUGGAUGUAGAUGAGAAGAUCAUUUUCCCGACAGACGGCAGAGUCACGUCGACACCGGCGCCGGCGUCGGGCUGUCACAAGAGUAUAUUCUGUGAAAACGUCGCCGAUUACCCCAGGCAACUGGUGAACGCAGCGAUAGCACGAAACGCCAGUCUCAGGUUCCUGGAAAGCAUCGAUCCGAUGCCCGACAUUGAACAAAGAAUAGACACGACAGACGAAGUGCCCCUUUGCCGAUAUAGCGAACAAGUGGUGUACCCGCAGACCGCGCAAAACAAGGAGAAACAGUGGUUGUUCAUCGUGAAUCAGGACAACUUGAAGCAAGGAAUACGCAUCGAGGUUUGCUUGAACGAUGGUCAGGAGUGCAACAUGAUCCAGGGAUUCGCUGAGGGUUACAAGACCAGCUGCAAGCAGAAAUACAUCUACCGAGAAUUGGCGGCAGUGGGGAGCAGCGGUAACAUCGUCAAGGAUCAAUUCCGCUUCCCGUCGAGCUGUUGCUGUCAUGUCAAGUUCAUCGGCGAUCCCACUGUCAGGCUAGGGCUGGGAUUAGAUCUGCGUUCCUUCAAUCAAACCACCGCGACUGUAUCGAAAACGCGAUGGAGACAAUGACGAUAGUAGUCAGAGCAAGAAAUCACAACGUGAUUGAAGCGUAUUUUACACGACGUUUCUUUUCUUUUUUUUUUUUUACUAAUAAAAAAUCAUGCAUUUUAAAAUAUGUAUCGAAGAGCGUGUUUCGAGAAAGUCAUGACACAUCGAGAGAAUCGUUGCAUUACCCAAGACUUCCGAGAAUGUAAUCGGUGAUGUUAAUUAACAGAGGCAGAGGUGUCUAUUCUACGAGUCUCUAUUCUACAAGAGAUGCAGUUUUUAUAUAAAUAUCGCAAAUACUCUUCUAUAUUCUUAAAUGCGAACGUUAUUCGAUGAUAAAAUAAGAAAUGUGAAAUGCAGAAUUAUAUUUAUGUAUGUGUGAUAUUUUGUGAUAUGUGAUUACUUAUACAUUAGUUACACAAAAUAAUGUCGUAUUUUAUAAAUUUUACGAGUAAUCUUACAAAUAAAAACGAUCUCUA